ACUUCAAACCAACCAAACAUCUCGAGCGUUUCGUGGCAGAUGAACGAAACGCGUCCUACAAUUACACACACACAGGCGCGUACUUGAGUCUUCAAACACCGGUCAAAACAAUCGAUCAGACCCGCGUGUGGAUGGACGAGCAUGCGUUAAUCUGACUGUGUUUGGAUCCGUGUACCUGCAGCUGAAUGACCGACGGCCCUGCACUGGCCUCUGUCUUCGGUCCCAGCCACUCGAGUCCAGACUUGCGUCUCCAUUGGAUGACCGGGACAACCGAGCAUCCCAUCCCGGCUGAAUGUUGACAUGGGAGAUUGGUGGUCGCCAACAAUGAUACCAGAACCAUCUCUUGACACCAAAGAGCUUUCCAGUAUAUCUGGGAUCAGCAUGUCUCCCCCCAGGCAGAAUUCCCUCCCGUCGCUGCACUCUACCAUAGUACUGCCCAAAACCUCCUACAGUGUUUUGAGUGCUUUUUGCACAGAGGAGAAUGUGUCCCAGUGUAUCACAUACAUCAAUCAGGAGGUGUGUUCUCUGGGCCUGUCUGGCUUGAGUUUGGACUCUAGUUCAGACACUCUGAGCACAGUGCCGGUUCUGAACCUCCUGUAUGAACUUCUGCAGCUGCAGAGGAGAGCUCAGCGCUCUCUACAUGAGCUGGAGACCCAACAGCUGAAGAACGGCAGUGACCUCGAACAUCUGCAGCACAACAACACCAGACUCAAAGACCAGUUGGAGCACACCAGAAGAGAGAACUCAGGCCUUCACGAGGGAGAGAGACAGCUACAGCUGAAGAUCAAGACCUUACAGAACUGCCUCAAGUCGGAGAAAGAGGAAGUACAGAAACUUCAAAGCAUCAUUGCCAGCCGUGCCACACAGUACAACCAUGACACCAAAAGGAAAGAGAGAGAGUGCACCAAACUGAAGGAGCGUCUCAACCAGAUGCUCAUGGACAAGAGGGACAAAAAACUCUCCAUUGAAGUGUCAAACUACGUGGGGAGGUCAGAUGGAAAGAGGGGCCUUUGGAAGACGGGGAAGAUGGAGGCCAGACAUGAGGGUGAGAUGUACAAAGCUCUUCUGAGUGAUUAUGAGUCUCGUCAGAGAUCUCUGAUGCUGGAGAACUCGGAGCUGAAGAAGGUCUUGCAGCACAUGAAGAGAGACAUGAUUUCCAUUCUCAGCCCCAAAAAAACUUGGGUCAAAACAGAGCCGGCAGAUGACAGCCUUGAACAGGCCAUCUCUGAUGUUGAAGAGGAGGUGGCUGACUUCAGCAGAGAGACUCUAGAGCAGUCCUGUGAACAGGCACGAGAGCAGCUCACCAACAGCAUCCGCCUGCAGUGGAGGAAACUCAAGAGCCACAUGCAGAGACUCGACAGCCAAGCGUCUCUGGUGGCGUGUCUGGAGCGUGAUGGAGAUGAUCUGAUCUCCAGAAGUGAACAUGAGGAAGAGAUGCAGCGCAUGAGACUGGAGCUGCAGCAGUGUAAAGAGUUCAUCCACAUGCAGCAACAGCUUCUGCAGCAACAGCUGAGCUCACCGUUUGAUGAUGAGACAGCAGCACUACUAAACGACUGCUACUCGCUGGAGGAGAAAGAGAGAUUGAAAGAGGAGUGGAGACACUUCAAUGAGCAGAAGAGGAACUUUGAGAGAGAGAGGAAGAAUUUCACUGAAGCUGCUAUUCGACUGGGACAUGAGAGAAAAGCCUUUGAGGAGGAUCGAGCUGCAUGGCUGAAGACCCAGUUUUUGAACAUGACUCCAUUUGUAGACCGCAAAAGACCUGCACUGCCUGAACCUCAAAGUGCCUUAUUAGUCAGUACAGAACCCGAGGCCAAAGUCCAGUCCACUCCACCCCUCCUGACACAUUCCCUGUCCUACACAGCGUUCUCCACACCCAAAGCUGCUCCAGUGAAGAUGACUUCCACCGCUGACCUCUACCGAACACUACGACUCAUUCCUGAGGGCAGAGGUCACGGCAGACGUCCGAGCAGUGAAACGUUGUCUAAAUCACGGAACUGCUCUGCAGACUGCAGCAUAAUCUCAUUGGCCAGAGAUGAGCAUAGCCCCAUCUAAAGGUACUGCAGUCUUACAGUGUGUUCACACUCACAAGAUACACUCCAUGAUUCAUGCGAGCAGCACUUGAAGCUUUCCUGGAGUCUUCCCAACAACCUGCUCCUUUACCUCCUGAUUUGCUGUGUUUUUCCUAUAGUUUGUAGCUGGAUAAAACUGAUUUCGGAGACAAUCAUUUGCUCACAUUUGCAUUGACCUCUUCUGAUCUCAUAGUGAUAAACUGCUGAAGAUGUAGUAAAGUUGCCAAUGUGUAUUGUAUAGUAGUUAUAACAAGAAUAAUAAUAUACAAUUAAUGAAUUAAUGAUGUAUAUACAGUUCAAUAGACAUCUCACAAUCUGAUUAUGCACUUUUAAGAGGAGCAAUAUUUUUUAAACACUAAUACAAAGCUAAUAUAAUUUUGAUGAUGUGUAUUGUUUUGCCAUUUUAUUGUGUGCCCACGAAUAAUUCAUAGUCUUGGGUUAGGUUUCAGGUAAGAGAUUUAGACUUAAAAGUUUUGAACUUUUAUGAUUGUAAUGCAGUGAAAUUAGGUACUAUGUCUCAUGUUUUAUGAUUUUUAAAUGUAAGACAUUAAAUGGGUUGUGAGUUAUUUCAUGUUUUUUUUUUUCACUGAAUGUUGUUUUUAUAUGGACAAAUCAUGAAUGUCUUUGGAAGAGUUUACAUUUUUUUUAGAAGCCACGUUUACAGACACAUUUCUCAGUCAAUGCAAUAAAGUUUGAAAGGUUUAAAAGGAACAGUUUGCAUUGUGUCA